AUGAUCGUGUGGCUGCUCCUGACUUUCACUGCUCUGGCCGAGUCCAGUUUCCAAACAAGACGCUCCCACUCAUGCCCAGAUCUGUGCUCCUGCUCUUUAACUGCUUCAGGUGCUAAUGUGCUGUGUAACCAAAGCUCCCUCACUUACUUCCCUGAACAUGGUUUACCUCCCAACACCACGCAUUUGUCUUUUCAAGGCACCCAACUGAGCAACAUCACAGCCGGUCAUCUGAGUGCCGUGCCCUUUUUAACGUAUCUCCGGCUGUAUUACAACAACCUGACAAGCCUUCCUCCGGAGCUGCCCGUUGUCGUUUCUCACCUGAAUGAGUUGGAUCUCUCAGGUAAUCAGCUGGUUCAUCUGCCGCCAAAUGUUUUCAGCCACGCCUCACUCUACAGGCUGAUACUGAGGAGUAAUCUAUUAGAAAAAGCAGAUGCGGACUGGUUUCCCGACAACAGCAGCCUCACCUUCCUGGACCUGUCUUGGAACCGUUUAACCAGCAUCCCAGCUACUCUGCUUCACAAGCUGCCAAAUCUGGAAGUUCUAGACCUGAGUGACAACAACCUGCAGGAGCUACAAGAAGAUGCGCUGAAGAACCUGCACCACCUGGAGACGCUAAACCUCGGAGGGAACAAAUUAAUGACACUGAAACCAGCAACCUUCGCUCACAACCGUAAACUAUCCCAACUGCAUCUACAUGAGAACCAGCUCCAGGAGCUGCCAGCAAACCUCCUCAAGGGCCUGCAAAACCUUCAACUCUUGUUUCUCUUUAAGAAUCAGCUUCGGUAUCUUCCCUCAGGUCUGCUGGAUGAGACAAAAUCCUCUUUUGGGGUGAUCUUAUCAGGGAACCCCUGGGAGUGUGAUGGGAAGAUAGAGUAUCUGUGGAAGUGGCUCUCUGACCGGCUUCAAAAUGUUUUCUUUCUGAAUGAGGUGACUUGUGGUGGACCUAAAGCUCUCAGAGAUCAGCAAAUAGUGUCUUUAACUGAAAGCCAGCUCGGUCUGACAAAAUCACAAUCAAACAACCACAACUAGUAUUGGUAAAAGAAAAGAGGAUGUUUCACUGUUGCUGUCUACAUUCCUUUUUUGAACGAAAAAAAAUAUUGUGGUCUCACUGCUUUCUUGUUGUCUCUGCUUGGUUUCUGUGUUGUUUGGAUAUUGUCCAGCCCACCGGGUGGCGUAAGAUGCUCAAUUAAUUUUCCAACCAGCCAGAUGAACAGACAGUACAGCUCAGUUAAGAACCAAUUUACUCAGUAAACCCCAGCCAAAAAUGUGUUCAAGCAAAUGCUGUUACUAAUAUAUUAUAUUGAUUUCUACAGACAAAACAAAUUCCUCUUAGCCUCAUAAUCUCAGAGUAAAUGAGUGGAACUGAAAGCAUGAACAUUUCAUUACAUAUCAUAAUUUUGCAAAUCGUGCACGAUAUUUUCAUGAACAAGUGACAGUUCAAGCAAAGAGAGGAGAUUCAUGGUGGCGGAGAGUUGCAGGAAAAUAAAAAGCUCUUCAGAGAUUCUUACGGCGCAUCCUUACGCCAACAGAUUUGUCUCACUUGUUGUUAGCUGCAUCACAGAUUGCGGAAUUGUUUCAGUCGUGGCCUUUUGUUUUUAAUGAUGUUGAGCAUGUGGGAGUGCGUGGGCAGUGCAAUGGCUCAGUCUUGCAGCUGACCUCUUCUGGAUGUGUUUAAAUAUCUCCCUCUUUUCUCUUUCUUUAGUUUCCUCCUUCUCGUUCAUGCUGCGUGUGAAUAUAUCUUCUUGCACACACACCCUUUUCCUUUGAUCACAGUGAGUGCACCAGAUUGUAAUUUAUUAUCAAAUAUAAAGCAUUACCUCCUCUAGAGGCUGUUACUUAUGAAAAUUCAAUAUUGUUUGUAAAUAUUCCCUAAAGAGCAGAAGGAAAACUUGAAGGCUUGAUGUAUGUCUCUUUAUGCACCUCUCUGAAUUGUAUCCUGAAGGUUAAAGGUUGAAGAAGCGGACUUGUGGGUUUUGAAUCCUAAUUCCCAUUUAGGAAAAUUCCCCUCAUGAUGAGAACAUCUGUCUGGAAAAUGAACACUCUCCUCCAAUUUAACUGCUGCCUUUUAAGACUUUUCAUCUCCAUCUGCUCCUGCAACAGAAAAAAAACAGACUUUGGACAUUAUGAUCCUUUAGAUAAAUGAUGAUUCUGAUCAGUAUUGAGGAAUGGAGUCCUCUCUCUGGCAUGGUGCCUGUUUCCUAAUGAUGACUGACAUGACACUGAAAUGGAAAAGGUGGCAGACGAAGCUUUCACGCUCUUGUAAAUUACUGUGGCCUUCCCGACUUAGUGGUGUCAUAAUGGAGACAUGAUCUUCCUUGAUAGCUGCUCAUUAGCACAUAAUCGAGCACUUAUACUUGACAUUAAACUCAGUAAAGUCUUUGCCUUCUAUUA